AUGCGUCUCUUUCGAGGCAGUGGCAUUGCGGGUCUUGCUUGCAUGAAACAGAUCCAAACAAUGGACGAUGGGACGCGCCGUAUUCGACCUCUUCUCUACCAGUCCAAAGCAAGUCUAGAAGCGACUUGCAAAGAGCGAAACGUCCCGUUUGUUUUGGACCCAUCCAAUCUCGAUCUCACCUACGAUCGAAACCGAAUCCGCUCUGGAGUGCAGCAAUUGAAAUCGAACGGUUCGUUGCAAGGUCCCAUGCUAUUGGAGGCAAUCGCUUACUUCCAAUCUGUACGCUUUUAUUGUCGAUGCUGUGACCGAAUCAGAUUCGCGAAGGGAUGGAAUUGGAGACAAAGCGAUACUUCCUCGACUGCUGUCAAUACAAUGCAGACUUCGGAAUCUGCCGAUUCAAUGCCACCAAACUCGCAGAAGCUCCGCUCCCCUACAUCACUUCCGGUUUGUUCUUUCGUGUUUCAUUCAUUGCAGUGUUGCGGUGGAUCUGCGUUGGAAUCGGCGGCUCGUCGUCACCUUCGGAGCGAGCGAUCCGCAGUGUUGCAGAGACUCUCGUGCGAGACAAGACGCUAA